AUGGUAAGGGCUACGGAUUCACCUUUCACCGCCGCGGUACUCGAAUGCCUUGUAUCGUCAAAGUUUCGCUUACCUCAACUUGAGCCAUUCGACGAACUAAAAGACCCUCAGGAUCAUCUUAAUACCUUCAAGACGACUCUAGGUCUUCAACAACCACCUGACGAGAUACUGUGUCGUUCCUUCCCAACGACUCUCAAAGGAGCUGCAAGAGAAUGGUUUACGAAAUUGCUAAACUCGUCCAUAGACAACUUCGAUCAAUUAAGUAGUGCCUUCUUGCGCCAUUUCAUAGGGGGGCAACAUCCAAAGAGGCCAGUAGACUACUUACUCACCAUAAGACAGGGAGAGAAGGAAACUCUGAGGUCGUAUGUCAAACGAUUCACCCGAGAGACUCUGGAGGUGGACGAAGCUGAUGAUAAGGUGCAGCUAACGACCUUCAAGGCGGGGUUGAGGUCCAGAGACCUUGUGGCCUCCCUCGCAAAGAACCCCCUAAAGACGAUGGCAGAAAUGCUCCUAAAGGUAUAG